AUGACCGUCGAAGUAAUUGACCUCUGUUCGAGCCCUCCGGCUGCUCCGCCCCCAAGAGCCCGCCCAAAGGCAUCCGUCUCAACCAGCGCGCCGGUCCCGUCGAAGCCACCGCCGCGGCCAGAGAGACGGGAACUAGAGCAUGACGUCUUCGACUUGACCAAUGUUGGGGACAAUGAUCCCUUCUCAGAUCUCCCGACUGGACCAGUCGUCGGACGGUCCAAUCCAAACGCAUCUAGCACCAACGACUUCCUUUUCCUGUCUGAUGACUUCGAUUCGACGUGCAGCUCGGGAGAUGAUCUCGACCCCAUCGAAACUCGGCCGGCCAAGAAGCAGCGUGUCUCGGGCGAGUCGACUUUAAAAGCUGGAGGUGCUCGUAACCAAGGUGUCCAAGCAUCUACGAUAUCUACGGCAGAAAAGCUCAGAGGAAGACCUGGCGUGCUUCAGCCUACCGGCCUAAGAAAAUGGAAUGCUAAAGCCGAUCCAAUCGAGACAACAAGCUCCCCCCAGUUCCCCGAUUCCUCGAGCAAGCCGGAUGCGAUAUCCAGUGACCCUUUUGCAAGCUCCCCGCGAAACGCUGACAAAGAGAACAUUGUUGACCUCGUCGGUGACGACGAUCCGUUCGCGAGCUCUCCUCCGAGAGGCGCAGGCAAGGCGAUGAUUCCACCUAAACGCAUCGGAAACAGAGAACCCAGCCCAGUGUUGCCGGUGAGUAGCUCGCCGCGGGCUCAAAGUAAGAGUCGGGUGGCCAAGCACUCGGUAGCAUGGGAUCACAUUUCAAGCUCUGCUCCUGAGGCCAGUGUUCGGGAGGCCGACUCGGGGUUUGAUGCCCAAACCUCGCGCGCCGGCCUCGUAAGAAGCCGCUCUGGGGGAGGAGAUCUUGGGGACUUGGCCGAUUUGCCUAUGUCGUCUGACGAGGACGACGAAUUCCCUGAUAUUGACGGCAUCAGGCAGCCGAAGCUGAGCUCCAAGGCGAAGUCCAAGACUAUGGCGGCACCGCGAAUCUCAGGACCAUCUACGUCCAGAACGAAACCGGAUGCGGAAGAAAAAGCGGCCGCGAGGGAAGCAGAGAAGCGAAGGAAACAGCGGGAGAAAGAAGAGAGCAAGGAGCAAAAGAGACGAGAAAAGGAGAAAGCAGCAGCUCUAGCUGAGGUCAACAAGGUUAGGACGGACAAAAAGGUCUCCACGCCGGAAAUGAUCGUCGACCUUCCCUCGUCCAUGAACCCCAGUGUCAGACUGCAAGUCGAGACACUUCUCCAAGAUCUGAACGUCUCACACUACCCGUACAACAGCCCCGUUAAUAAUGUGGUGAAAUGGCGGAGGAAGGUCAGAGCUAGAUUCAACGAGGAUGAGGGCUACUGGGAACCGAUCCCAGUCGAGCGGAUCGAACCUGAGAAGCACGCCAUGGUUCUCAUGCCAGCAGCUGAGUUUGUCGAACUCGCGCUCGGGGCUAAGGGCUCCGACCUCGAGGCCCACGUGCUCAGGAUGCAACGACACUAUGGAGGUGACCAGCUCAUCUACAUGAUCGAGGGGUUGACACCCUGGAUGCGCAAGAACCGCAACGUCCGCAACCGCCAGUUCCAAUCUGCAGUCCGCAAUACCGGCACCGACACGGAUGCCACUGCCACUGCCUCUUCUGCCACUGCUCCACCCUCGAGCAGCCAGGCGCCCCAAGGGCGCAGGAAGAAGGACCCCAAGCCGCCGCCCGUGUACAUCGACGAGGACCAGGUCGAGGACGCGCUGCUCCAGCUGCAGGUCGCGCACGGCGUCACCAUCCACCACACGGGCGCGCCGAUCGAGACCGCCCAGUGGGUCGCCACCUUCACGCAGCACAUCAGCACGAUCCCGUACCGGCGGCAGAGGGACGCCGUCAACGAGUCGGCCGCGUUCUGCAUGGACAGCGGGCAGGUCCGCACCGGCGACGGGCCCGCCGACACGUACGUGCGCAUGCUGCAGGAGGUGGUCAGGGUGACGGCACCCAUUGCGUACGGCAUCGCGGGCCAGUUCCCGACUGUCAGUCAGCUGGUUCGGGGCCUGGAGGAGGAAGGGCCUUUGGCAUUGGAGGGGAUUCGCAAGAGCGCGAAUCGAGACGGGGCAUUUACGGAUCGCACGAUUGGGCAGGCCAUUAGUCGGAGAAUUCACAAGGUGUUCACGGGCAAGGACGAGGCCAGCACUGAUAUCUGA